UGAUGGGCGGUUGGGGGCUUACAAACACUUCAACGGGAUUCAACCCAUAGCAACAGAACGUCGACGAGAAGCGGCCGUGUCAUCGCCAUCACAACUCGCUCAUUCCAAUCAGAACCCAAACCAAAUUCAAUUCCAAACAUAGCAGUCAUGGCAGAAUCUCCAAAUCUCCCACGCACAAUGAAAGCCCAGUUUCUCGACGCCUACAACACGCCCUACACGCUGCGCUCAGUCCCGCUUCCUUCCCCCGACAACUCCUCCCCGCACGACAUCCUCAUCAAGGUCGACGCAGCCUCAUACUGCCACACUGACGCCGUCCUCGCGGCAGGGCAGCUCCCGCCCUUCCCAUCCGCCUUCCCACACAUCGGCUGCCACGAGUUCGCGGGCACCGUCGUCUCCCUUCCUCCGGGGUCGAAUACAAAGCUCCGCCCCGGAGACCGCGUCGGCGUCCCUGGCCGCUCAUUCCGCCCGUGUGGAACAUGCUUUGAGUGCCGUGCCGGCACUGCAGAGGAAACAGAUGCGGACGCAGAUGGGGAUGCGGACCCCCCGGGGUACUCGGUGUAUUGUCCGCACGCGGGGAAUCUCGGCAUCAGCGCACCGGGCGGCUUCGCUGAGUAUGCGGUGGUCGACGGUAGGCAGGUGGCACCGCUCCCCAAGGGUAUGGGUGCUGUCGACGCAGCGGUUCUGAUGUGUGCCGGUGUCACGGUGUAUGCGGCGCUCAAGCGGUGCAGGUUGAAGCCUGGCCAGCGCGUUGGGUUGAUGGGAUGCGGGGGCGGUUUGGGACAUUUGGGCCUUCAAUUCGCCCUUGCGAUGGGAUUGAGGGUGCUGGGUGUUGAUAAUGCCGAUGGUCCUCUGCGGCUGGCGAGAGAGGCCGUUGAAGGGAGACAAACAGCAGCGAGGAUCGUCGACGCAAGGACAGAAGAUGCAAGUGGAGUGGUCACUGCCAUCGGGCAGCAGGACGGUAAGCAGGAGCGUGCGGAAAUGGGAUUGGACGCUGUCAUUAUCCUGCCCGAGAGCCAGAAGGCGUUCGAUUAUGGCGUUGCACUGCUGAGAACCCAUGGUCGAUGUGUGGUAGUCUCCUUCCCAGAGAAUGGGUUUCACGUCUCAGCGCGGGACCUCGUGUUCCGCGACAUUUCGGUCGUAGGGAGUCUAGUGGGCAGUAACAAGGCGUUGAGGGAGAUGCUGCGAUUUGCAGCCGAGCACGGGGUCAGGGCACGCAUCCGCACGUUUUGCCUGUCCGAGCUCAACGACUUGGUUGCCCAGUACCACAAGGGAGACGGCGGGAAGCUUGUUGUUGACAUGGCCCUUCCCGACACAGCUUAAGCCAGAUUAGUGCAGCCUAGCACCACAAAGCCAAAAGGAGCCGUACGCCAAGCAUAUCGCCCAGUUAUUAUAAGUGAAGCAAAGAAAGUGGAAGUAAAACGGGAGAAAAGGAGAAAUAGAAGAGUAGAAUAAAAAAGAAGAAAAGGUGAAAGGAGUGAGAGAAGACAAGACUGAAAGUAGACAGAAAAGAUCAAGAAAAACAAAAGAUC